AUUAAAGCUCUUGGGAAGUUUUAUCAUCCCGGCCAUUUAGAAUGUGUUCACUGUUAUCAGCCUAUCGAUUUUGAGCGAGUUGGAUUCAAGGAAUAUCAGGGUAAAAUUUAUUGCCGCCCUGAUUAUAAACGUCUCUUUCUUCCUAUGUGUCGUGCAUGCAAUCAGCCUGUCAAGGGAAAGGCUGUUUCUGCCAUGGACGGUUCUUUGGAAGGAAAAUGGCAUGUUGACUGCUUUGGUUGCCAUAGCUGCCAUGAACCAUUCCCUGAUAAUACGUUUUACGUUUUUGAGAAUUCACCAUAUUGUAAGAUACACUAUCACCAAUUGAACAACUCUUUGUGUCGCACGUGUGAUGGCCCAAUUGAGGGUCCUUGCGCACAAACUAGCGAGGGAUGGCGCUUCCACCCACCGUGUUUCGUUUGCUUUUUU